CGGAAGUCAUUGUUUUAUUACUACCAGCAGCAGCAGCAGGCAGUAAACGUUUAGAAAAUUCGAAUCAUUUCAGCAAGAACAGUAGAGGGGCAAAGUCAACUGCGAGAUCUCUGAGCUAGUAACUAGCUCUACGUUCAUUUCGAGACGAUUUUAAAAGGGAUGAAAUGUCAGGCUCACUGUGUAUACAGUGUCAGACACAAACCACUGUGUUUAGUAAGACCUGCAACAGUUGUUUCUUUAACCAUCCAAAAGAGAAGAAGAUGUUACAAGCAAUGAAGAAGUAUGAUAACGAAUGGGGCCACAAUGAUUGCACCCAUUAUAAUAAUAGCUCUCAGAUAUUGACUUCCACAAAAGUAUUGCUCUACAAAUUACACACUCUAGGAUUUGUUCCCCUUCUCCUGCUUGGAAAAAGGAGACGGGGAACAAAACAUAUCGAUAUGGAUUCCUUUUGCCCUCACCCCCAAGUCAUAAAAGAAACGGGCUCUAUUGAAACAUUGAGAAACAUUUAUUUAGGUCUUCUGAAUGUCACACUCGGCACCGAGUCCCAAUUUCAGUGCUCCCCAGUGUCUCCAGAGCCAGAAGGGACCCCCGCACCAGCCGAGGUAGAGGGAACACCUACAACAGUCGAUCCAGUGGGAACCCCUCUAUCGACAGAGCUACACAGAAUACCCAUCUCCAUCCAACUGAACGUAAUACCCACACCAACAGAAACGGGCAUACCCAACACACUAAUCAAUCCAGUGGGAACCCCUACAACUAUCAAUCCAGUGGGAACCCCUACAACUAUCAAUCCAGUGGGAACCCCUACAACUAUCAAUCCAGUGGGAUUCCCGGCACCAACCAAGCGAGACGGAAUCCCCAUAUCUUUACAACUGAACCUAAUCCCCACACCAACCGAGCCAGGCAAACCCUCCACACCAACCAAUCCAGUGGGAAUCACUACACCAACCAAUCUAGUGGCAACUCCUACAGCAAUUGAUCCAUCAGGAACCCCUGUACCAACUAUGCCAGAUGGAAUUACCACAUCCAUCAGCCUGAACAAAAUCGCCACACUAACAGAGCCAGGCAAACACUCCACAUCAACCAAAACAUUGGGAACCCCUUCACCAAUGGAUUCAGUGGGAACCCCUGCACCAGCCGAACUAGACAGACUCCCCACACCAACAGACCCAGGCAAACCCGCCACACCAACCAAGCUAGAUGGAAUCCCCACAUACAUCUGCCUGAACGGAAUCCCCACAUCCAUCUGCAUGAACGGAACUCCCACACCAAUACAGCCCAAAAUCCCCAGACCAAUACAGCCCAAAAUCCCCAGACCAAUACAGCCAAAAAUCCCCUCACCAAUACAGCCAGGCAAACCCUCCACACAAAACAAUCCAGUGGGAACCCCUACACCAAUGGAUGAAUCCUCUGACUCCUCUGAGCCCCAGGACCAAGAAAUGCAAAGGCCAAAAAGAAAAAUGUGGAGAGAUGGAGAUAUAAUCGAAGCUGAAGACAGUGCAACCACUCAAGCGCAAAAGAGAAUAAAAACCACAGAAGAGUGGCUGAACAUGGAUACGGAUAGGCCUACGGUGUCAAGACAUGCAGAGGUAGACACUGAAGUAUUAGAUCAGCUAGAAAAACACAAAGAAGAGUGUCUGAACAUGGAUACGGAUAGGCCCACGGUGUCAAGACAUGCAGAGGUAGACACUGAAGUAUUAGAUCAACUAGAAAAGAGCAGCAUUGUACAAGCAACCAACAAGCAAACUUUGUGGGCUAUAAACUGCUUCAAGGACUGGCUGUCAGAGAAACAGAUGAUAGUGGAUUUUUCAACCAUUGAGAAAUCUGAAAUGAAUGUGCUAUUGCGAGAUUUUUACUGUUCUGUUCGAAGGGGUAAAGGUGGGGAGUAUUGUAUCCCGAGCUAUAUCGGAAUCCGGGCUGGCGUGAACAGAUUCAUUAACCUCCCUCCCCUUAGCAGAGCCUGGUGCUUGAUGAAGGACAGUGAGUUUACCUCCUCUAAUAAUGUAUUUAUUGGGGUACUAAAGAAAAUCAGACGAGAGGGCAGGGACAAAACUACCCAUCCUAAGGUGAUUAAAGCACAAGACCUUGAGAUUCUUCAAAACUCUACUGUGCUAAGCCCCUACACACCCAGAGGGCUAGUCAACAAAGUGUGGUUUGAUAUCCAGUUACACUUUGGCCCCAGAGGAAAGGAGGGCAAUAGGCGGCUAACGCCACAGUCGUUUGUAAUAAAGUACGAUGAAAACGGAGCAAAAUAUGCAACGAUGACUUCCAACGAGGAAAGACCGAACCACAAAGAUGCCGAAGAGCAGAACUGGCAGAAUCGCUGUGGAAUCAUGUUUCAGAACCCUGGUAGUCACCUCUGUCCAGUCGCCUCCUUGGAGAAGUAUCUGAGCAAGAUCCCAUCAGAUGCCACCGCCCUCUACCUCCAUCCUAAGAAGAUGGUCAUCACCAGUGACAGCAUAUGGUAUAGCCAGGAGCCAAUGGGGUUCAAUUACCUUUCAUCAAUGCUGCCCCGACUGUGCCAGGAGGCUGGUACAUUGGAAAAGUACACAAACAACUGCUUACGAUCUUUGCGCGAGAUCAUGUCUGUCAGCAGAUUGAUAGUUCCUUGAACAGUUAUUGAAAACUUUCAAUGGACAACAGAAAGAGAUGUCAAAUGGGCUCACUGUGAGUCAAGGCAGUGACACACUUCAGUUUUACUUCCUACCAGCGACAUUGUUUUGGUCUUAUACACACACGGAGAGUUUGACAAGAUAUACAGUCCUCACCAUAUCUAUUUGGACUAUGUAUUUUGACACUGAGGCUAAGAUUGACAUUUUUUGCUCUAUAUUCCAGCAUUUUGUAUUUAAGAUGAAUGAGGCGACAGUCCAGAAUUUAACCUUUUGAAUUUAGAUUAUGUUUUAGGUAUAGAUUUUGUUUUGCGCUGCGACUUUACUUUUCAGAAUUGUAAAGCCUUUUAAGCUUUCUUUUCAUCAACAAGUUUUACUCUACUGGAAACUGUUUAACCAUAAUCCAUUUAGAAUAUCUAACGUUUAGAAAAACAAUCGCAGCAAUCGCCGGAUAAUAGGGGGAAUAGAUUUUUGUAUGUAUAAAAUAAUUGUUGGGGUGACUGGAAGCAAUUUGACGUUAUACUUCCUAGAUCUGUUUUUACACUGGUAGAAAAAAACAUGUCUACACCACUUUGUAGACCAUCUGUUGUGGAAAAUGGUCAUACUUACAGCUCUUUAACAAAUUAAUUGUUCCCUUCACAUAGAAGUGAUAUUUCUCUUAUUUACUGUAUCUAUUGUUUAAAGGUUAUGUACCAACUAUCUAAAAUUACCUGUAUCCCCUUAAAUUCAAGAUUUUGAAUGUAUACCUCUUUCUCAGAAAGAAAUUGAAUUUAUAAAACAAUUUUGCAAGCUAUAAUGGUAGUGCAGCAGAACCUGUUAAGAGUGAAGGUAGUAACAAGAAGCGUGGAAAACCAGAUGAGCCAAACAUAUGUUUCGGGAAGGGACAAAAGGCCCAAGAGAAGUUGUAAACCAUAGGGAACCAGGAAUUGACCGCACCGAGAGGACAUACGGGGUGAAACAACUUCAUCUGAGGGCUGAGAGCAUUUUGAUGUAGAAUAUGAGUAAUAACAACUACAUAUAUCCGAAAGUCUGUAGGCAUAGUGAACAUGAUUACAUUUAUAAUGUUGGCCUACAUGCAUAAUUGUAGCCCACUUUUCCUUCCCUGCACUAGGGCUGUUGAAUCAAGUGCACCUACCGUUAACAGCGCGAAAUAAAUAAAAUAAAUAGGAACGCAAGGCUUUAUCAGAGUUUCCAAACCAAACUGUAUUGUCUUGGGCUUUAUCGUUGUUGUUUUUUACAGAAAUGCUUGGAGAUCACGAUCGACCUGUUGGUAGCCACUGUUUUAGCCUUUUAUUUGCGAGGCACAUUGGAGCAUAAAUUGAAAUAACUUGCCCCACUAUAGGUUUACCGUUUCUCAGUAAGGUAGGGCAAAGGCCUGCAAACUACUAAACCUGAUAAUCGGCCAGAAGUACACGGAUGAGAAGAAUCCUUAGUAAAGCCCGGACUCAAGAGGAUAAACUGUCUAACAAAAUGAAUAAUUGUACAUUCUAAACCACCUGUAACCAUGAACAAAAUUGUUGGAAUGACCACACAAACUGAAAUUAUCAUUAAUGGGCUACAGGCAACCAUAUCUUGAAGUUGAAAACCACAAAUCAGAAUUUAUAUAUCCCACUUGCUACUGGGAGGAGAAUAUAACCAUUACGCUUUGAACGCAACGACAGUGUAAUUGCAUUUUGGUACACCAGAAUUACGUUCAUUUCCAAUUAAACGCUGCGUUGCAGUGCGUUCAGUGUGGUGCGUACAUUGGAUAUAUCGAACGUAUGUGUCAAAAUGUUGAACCUUUGUUGCAUAUAUAUCCAGAUGACGCUGCGUACUAUUUUGUGAAAUGUCGGUGUGUUUGAACCGUUAUACAAGAUGGAACUGUGAUGGCAAGGACAGACCUAACGUCAAUAUCCUUUGUAGAAAAACGUUUGUUUAUGAGAAUGAAUGAAAUCCCGAGAGUGAUGAGUUAGGCAGUCAGGUCUACUGAGCUCAUAAAGCAUGGAUGAAAACUUUUCUUUCAUCACUGAAGAAUCCUUUAAUAAAAUGGCAGUGAUAUUGCGAAGUAGGCUACAAUUAUGCAUGUAGGCUAACAUUAGAAUGUAAAAUCUGAAUGGCUAUGCCUGCAGACUUCAGGAUUCAUGUUUUACUGAUUGCUAUACAAUACUGAUCCGUGCUUGCCGGCAAUGGAGUGUCAGGAAAUGUAGAAACGAAAGAUCCAAGUUCAAGUGUAAUUAUUCAUCUAGCUAGCUUUAGGCUUUUGCACUCAACAUGGAAAUAUAAUUGUUGUGAUUUGAAGUUGUAUUGAAGAAUUUAUUCAUGUAACACACCGACAGUGUUAUAUUACGAUGCGCUAUAAUAUAAUCAAUAGGCCUAUGCUUUGCAUGCAGACUGUUAAAGAAUGUGACAAUGAGUAACUAUGAAUGUCUCAGAUCGAUCUAAGCAUUAAUUAUCUAAAGAUUUGGAUGUAUCUCUGUGCACUUCCUGCAAAAGAAAGUUUGACACUAGACAUUUUUGUUUUUAUUUUUAUUAUAUAAUAAAAACAUAAUUGAAUAUUAAAACAUAUAUAAUCUACUA